AUGUUGUCUCAAAAACGUUCUAAAAAUGUACUUACAAGCCCAUAUUUUAUACCAAAAAAUUUUACUAAACCUUCUCAGGAUUUAUUGAUUCGAAAAGAUUGUUUUAUUAAUAAUCGACUGUCAUUGAAUUCACUUAAUGCAGUAUAUUAUCCAAUAACAAAAAACGAUCGUAAAGCUUUUAAAAAUCCAAAAACUAGUAGAAAUGUGACAGAAUUCCAAUUUAAAGUAUAUGAUCUUUGCUCUCAGAUCCCUGAAGGAUAUGUUUCGACAUAUAGAAUGAUAGCAACAGCUCUAUCAUCAUCACCACGUGCAGUUGGAGGUGCACUCCGUGUAAAUCCUUUUGCUCCUUUACCAGUACCAUGUCAUCGCGUAAUUGCUUCAAAUUUUUUUAUUGGUGGAUUUGAUGGUGAAUGGUUUGGGCGUGAUGAUAAAUCUCGCAGUAAAAAAGAAAAAUAUAGAAGUGAAAAAAUUGAUCGUAAAUCGGAAAGAUUAGCUAAAGAAGGGAUUUUGUUUGAUAAUGAAGGUUGGUUAAUUGAAUGGCAAAGAUCGUCUCAGAUUUUUAAUGAUUUUGAUGUUUCAAAAUUAUCUUGA